AAGUGGAUCGUAGUGGUUGGAGCUCUCUCUCUCUCUCUCUUGCCAUGCAUGCUGGGCCAGAUCGGCUCAGCCAGACGUGUAUUUAUUUACCCAUAUCCGGGUUCAAGAGGGGGUGGGGGAGAGAGGGAGAAAGGAAAGGAGAGAAAGAACGAAAAAGUUUUAUUGAGACCUCACCAAGAACCCCCCUCCCCUGAAAACCCCUCCCAAAAAAAACCCAACUUCCAUCAUGAAACAACCCCAUCACUGCAGGAACAACAACAGCAGGCAGCGACCGUGAGGCGUCCUUAAAUUGAGCAAGGACUCAGCAAAGAAAGGGAGGGGAGUUUCGGUCUGGUUUUUUUGCAUGGAAUAACCAAUAUAUAUAUUUUGUUGGUGGGUGGGUUAACAAACAACCCGGCGUCCCUCCAAUUGGGGUUGUUUUCCCCCCUUUUCUUUUUAAAUCCUUAUUUGUUUGUUCCCCCCUUGGAGCCAUGUUGCCUGGAUGAUGGCCGCGCAAGUGGCGGCGAGGGAGAACAACCCAGGCAAGAGCCCCACUUUGCCGGGAAGCAGCAGCAACAGCAGCUUAAGCCAGGACUCUUUGGGCGCAGAUGGGACGAAGAGCAACAACAACAGCAGCGGCGGCGGAGGAGGCUUGAACAACGUGGAGCUGCACCACCACCACAAUCACCACCUCCUCCACCAGCACCAUCACCACCGCCGCCUCCACCAUCAUGAGCUGAACGCGGCCAAUAAUGCAACUUCUCCUUCGAACAGCAACAACAACGCAAGCAGUCUCGGCAGCUCGUCCUCGUCCUCCUCCUCCGAGGCGCUUCUCAAAGAGUUCGCCGCCAUGGAGGCCGGCCUGGCGCCCAACCACAAGCUGAAAGGCGUCGCGGGGGAGCACCACAACGCGGCCUCGCUGCCUUUCCAGCUCCGCCAGGCCCUGCACAGGAGCCCUUUCCAGCAGCAGCAGCUGCAGCAACCACCACCACAAUCACCUCAGCAGAGUCACAACAGCAACGGCAGCAGCAGCAGCGCAGAUAUGGAGCCGCCUCAGCAGCAACAACAUGGAGGAGGCCACGAAGGCGGCGUGUUGGGGCCACAGAGCCGGGCGAAGAAAGGCGGAGGAGGGGAGGAAGAGGCGGACAAAAUGGGCGAGCAGCGUCUCGGAGGACCUUUGGGCGGAGGAGGAGGAAGAAGCAGCGGAGGAAGCAGUAGUAGCAGCAGCAACCCCUCCGCCGCCUCGGAGUUUAAUAGCUAUUACAGCGGGAGCAGCAACAACAACAACGGCAACAGCGCCUCCUCUUCCUCCUCCUCCUCCUCAGCCAGCCGGGCCGGGCCUUGCUUUGAUCAACAUGGCGGACAACAAAGCCCCGGGAUGGGGCUAAUGCUCCCCGCGGCGGGAACAACGGCUUCAGCGGCAGCAGCGGCGGCGUCAGGGGCCCCACUGAACAUGGAGCCCGCGCCCCAUUCGCACGACUCCUUCGCCCACGGACACUACAACCACUACGCCUACGGGCGGCCUGGAGGAGGAGGAGGCGGCGGCGGCGGAGGAGGAGGAAUCAGCAGCAGCGCUAGCAGCGGAGGAGGAGGAGGAUAUGGGGCCCCGUCUUCGGCCUUCGGGGUGCUGGGCUCCCCCAGGCAGCUCCCCCCUCAGAGCAUAAUGCUGGGCCCAGGAGGCGGAGGCAAGGGCUUCCAGCGCUUCCCGGGCCCUGCUCAGCAGCACCCCUCGGGAGCAACGCCGACCUUGAACCAGCUGCUGACUUCGCCCAGCCCCAUGAUGCGGAGCUAUGGAAGCAGCGGCUACCCCGAGUACGGGCACCCCGGCGCGGCGGUGGCCCCUGCGGCCCAACAGGCCCAAGCCGCUUCCUCCGCCGCCUCAGCCGCCUCCUCUGCCGCCGCCGCCUCCUCCUCCAAGGACGGGGGCGGCCCCUUCGGGGCCAGCAGCGCCAACGCCAGCCCGGCCUGGGCCCCCGCGGCUGCACCACAGCGGGGUCACCCGGCCAUGAGCCCCGGAGGCAGCGCCGCGCAGGCUCUCGGCAGGAGCCAGGGCAACCCAAUGGAUCCCAUGGUAAUGAAAAGACCUCAGUUGUUUGCAGUGGGAAACAGUCCUCACACCCAGACCCAGCCAAGCAGUCCGUAUCCAGGGCAGUCAUAUGGACCUCCAGGACCACAGCGCUUUCCAAUGGGAAUGCAAGGCCGGACUUCAGGUUCCAUGGGAGGGAUGCAAUAUCCACAGCAACAGAUGCCACCCCAGUAUGGCCCACCAGGUGUAACUGGUUACUGCCAACAGCCAUAUUACAACCAACAACCACAACCUCAGCACUUGCCUCCUCAGGCUCAGUAUCUGUCGCAGGCCCAGCAGAGGUACCAGGCCCAGCAGGAAAUGUCACAGGAGGGCUAUGGAACCAGGUCCCAACCCCCUAUCACCCAAGGCAAGCCCAACCAUGAAGAAAUGAAUUUGAUCCAGCAAGAAAGACCAUCAAGCUUACCAGUUGAAGUCUUGGCUUCCGAAGAUACUUCAUUUGGACUCAAGGAUUUAUCGGGCUCCAUUGAUGACCUGCCUACAGGAACUGAAGCAACACUGAGUUCAGCAGUUAGUGCAUCAGGUUCUACCAGCAGUCAAGGGGAGCAGAGCAACCCAGCACAAUCACCUUUCUCCCCUCAUGCCUCCCCACACCUCUCCAGCAUCCCUGGGGGACCUUCCCCUUCCCCUGUGGGUUCUCCUGUUGGAAGCAACCAGUCAAGAUCUGGUCCCAUUUCUCCUGCAAGUAUUCCAGGUAGCCAGAUGCCAUCCCAGACUCCUGGUAGCCAGUCGGAAUCUGGAUCCCAUCCUGCUUUGAGCCAGUCACCGAUGCCCCAGGAUCGAGGUUUCAUGGCAGGCAUCCAGAGAAACCCUCAGUUGUCACAAUAUGCAUCUCAACCGUCUGGACCUUCCAUGUCCCCUCAUCCUUCCCCUGGAGGCCAAAUGCAUUCUGGAAUUGGUAGUUUUCCACAGAAUAAUUCCAGUGGCACAUAUGGAUCUCAGGUGAACCAGUAUGGACCACAAGCCUACUCUAAGCAGAACCACUUCCAUGAAGAAGAUUCACCUAUAUUUGCAGGGAACUACUCCAGACAGCCAUCAUACUCUGGAAUUACCAACACAAGCUACAGUGGCCCAGGACCUGGUAUGGGUAUUAAUGCCAGCAAUCAGAUGCAUGGACAGGGGCCGGGCCAACCUUGUGGUACUAUGCCCCUGGGACGAAUGCCAUCAGCUGGGAUGCAGAGCAGGUCGUUUCCUGGAAACAUGAGCAGCAUUACCCCAAGUUCUCCAGGGAUGUCUCAGCAGGGAGGCCCAGGGAUGGGACCACCUAUGCCAACUGUGAACCGUAAGGCGCAAGAGGCGGCUGCGGCAGUGAUGCAGGCUGCUGCAAACUCCGCCCAGAGCAGGCCACCAUACAUUAGGUCGCCUGCUUAUCCCAGCCAGUCUGGGGCUGGCGGACGCCCCAUGUUUUCUUCACAACACCCCAACUAUGGCAACGCUCAGGCUCCCAUGAUGCAUCAGCCUGACCAAUACGGGCAAGGCAGUUUUCCUGUCAUCAAUCAGAGUGGCAUUAUGGGAUCCAGCUCUCCCUACACCCAGCCAAUGAACAACAACUCAAGCCUGAUGAACCCUCAAGCAUCACCUUACAGCAUGGCACCUAACAUGGUGAACAGUUCCACAGCCCCUAUGGGUCUUGCAGAUGUGAUGACUCCUGGUGAAUCCAAGCUCCCCAUCCCUCUCAAACCAGAUGGAAAAGAAGAAGGUCCCCAGCCCGAGAGCAAAAAGGAUAGCUACAGCUCUCAGGGUAUUUCUCAGCCCCCAACCCCAGGCAACCUGCCAGUCCCUUCCCCAAUGUCCCCAAGUUCUACUAGCAUCUCCUCAUUUCAUGGAGAUGAGAGUGAUAGCAUUGGCAGCCCAGGCUGGCCAAAGACUCCAUCAAGCCCUAAAUCAAGCUCCUCCACCACAACUGGAGACAAGAUCACAAAAAUGUAUGAACUUGGGAAUGAAGCCGAGCGCAAAAUAUGGAUAGAUCGGUAUCUCAGCUUCAUGGAAGAGCGAGGCACACCUGUUGCCAGUCUUCCUGCUGUAGGCAAGAAGCCACUGGAUCUUUUCAGGCUUUAUGUCUGUGUUAAAGAGAUUGGAGGUUUAGCCCAGGUUAAUAAAAAUAAAAAAUGGCGUGAACUAUCAACCACCCUUAAUGUUGGAACUUCAAGCAGUGCAGCCAGCUCUCUGAAAAAACAAUAUAUUCAGUACCUGUUUGCCUUUGAAUGCAAAAUUGAACGAGGAGAGGAGCCCCCUCCCGAAGUCUUUAGUACUGCAGAUACCAAGAAACAGCCCAAGAUUCAGCCGCCAUCUCCUGCUAACUCGGGUUCUCUUCAAGGUCCACAAACCCCUCAAUCUACUGGUAGCAAUUCCAUGACAGAAGUGCCAGGUGACCUCAAGCCUCCAACACCAGCAUCUACACCCCAUGGACAAAUGACACCUAUACAGGGCAGCAGAAAUAGUUCCAUUAGUGUACAUGAUCCAUUUUCGGACGUAAGUGAUUCCACAUUCCCAAAGCGAAACUCCAUGACCCCAAAUGCAGCCUAUCAGCAGACGAUGAAUAUGCCAGAUAUGAUGGGAAGAAUGCCCUAUGAACCGAAUAAGGACCCUUUUGGUGGGAUGAGAAAAGUGCCUGGAAACAGUGAACCCUUCAUGACCCCUGGACAGAUGCCCAACAGUGGAAUGCAAGACAUAUACAACCAAGCACCCUCAGGAGCAAUGUCAAAUAUGGGCAUCAGCCAACGCCAGCAGUUUCCAUAUGGCAGUGGUUAUGACCGAAGGUCGGAUCAUGGGAUGGGUACUGAAGGCAGUAUGGGAGCACCUGGUCAAAGCAACAUGGUGCCUUCAAACAGUGACCCAAGCAUGUACCCUCCCAACCAUUACUCUGGGCAGCAAAGGCAUGAACCAUAUGGCCAGCAAUAUCCCGGGCAAGGACCACCUUCAGGACAGCCAUCUUAUGGAGGACACCAACCUGGAAUGUUUCCACAACAGCAGAACUACAAACGGCAUAUGGAUGGCAUGUAUGGACCUCCAGCAAAACGCCCUGAAGGAGAUAUGUUUAACAUGCCAUAUGGCAACCAACAGCAAGAUAUGUUUAACCAGUAUAGCAAUGCUUAUUCUGGACCAGACAGGCGACCCAUACAGGGACAAUAUCCAUAUCCUUAUAACAGAGAGAGGAUGCAGGGCCCCGGACAAAUGCAACAACAUGGAAUACCUCCUCAAAUGAUUGGUGGCCCUAUGCAGUCAUCAGCCUCCAGUGAAGGACCCCAGCAGAACAUGUGGCCAACAAGAAAUGAUAUGUCUUACCCAUAUCAGAACAGGCAGGGCCCUGGAGGCCCUGCCCAGGCCCCGCCCUAUCUAGGGAUGAACCGUAAUGAAGAUAUGAUGGUACCCGACCAGAGGAUAAACCACGAAAGCCAGUGGUCUUCUCAUGUCAACCAACGUCAGCCUUCUUACAUGUCAUCCUCCGCUUCCAUGCAGCCUAUCACCCGACCUCCUCAAUCAUCUUACCAGACACCACCAUCAAUGCCAAAUCACAUCUCUCGAGCUCCAAGCCCUGCAUCUUUCCCACGAUCCCAUGAAAAUCGUAUGUCUCCAAGUAAAUCCCCUUUCCUGCCCUCUAUGAAGAUGCCGAAGGUUAUGCCCACUGCUCCAGUAUCACAGGCCACAGGCCCUCCAACCCACCCACCAUCCAUUAGGCGGGAAAUCACAUUUCCACCAGGCUCCGUGGAAGCAUCACAACCAGUCUUGAAACCAAGACGAAAGAUUACCUCAAAAGAUAUUGUAACUCCUGAGGCCUGGAGAGUGAUGAUGUCUCUUAAAUCAGGCCUUCUUGCUGAAAGUACCUGGGCAUUAGACACUAUUAAUAUCCUUCUGUAUGAUGACAGUACUGUUGCUACUUUCAAUCUCUCUCAGUUAUCUGGUUUUCUUGAGCUUUUAGUGGAGUAUUUUAGAAAAUGCCUCAUAGACAUUUUUGGGAUCCUAAUGGAAUACGAAGUGGGUCAUCCAGGACCAAAACUACAAAAUUCAGCUCAGACACAGGAUAGCCAAUCUAAUACACAAGGUGCCAGAAAAGAGGAUGAAAACAAUGAUGAAUGUAUUGAUUAUUUUGCUGAAUUUGAGGAUGAGGAGGAAGAUGAAAAUGAAAACACCGAAGCAGAAGAGAAGAGCACUGUUCUUGCUCCGCCUGGUGCCACUGCUGAUCCAAGUGAGAGGCCAAAACAAGCCAGUAAAUUUGACAAGCUGCCAAUAAAAAUUGUGAAGAAAAAUAAUCUAUUUGUUGUAGACCGAUCCGACAAGCUAGGACGUGUUCAGGAAUUCAACAGUGGACUUCUCCAUUGGCAGCUAGGUGGGGGUGAUACAACUGAGCACAUCCAGACUCACUUUGAGAGUAAGAUGGAGAUUCCUCCUCGCAAGAAGCCACCUCUUCCAUUGAACUCUUCAAGUAAAAAAAGGAAUAUAGAGGGUAAAGGAGAAUCAGAAGAACAGCAAGACAAAGGGAUAUCAGCCACCAUAGAUGAUGUCUUGUCAGCUCGUCCAGGAGCGUUAUCUGAAGGGUCAGAUUCUAAUUCUCAUACAGAUAGCAGUAAAUUUCCAUUUGGAAUCCAUCAAGCCAAAAGUCAUCGAAACAUCAAGCUGCUAGAAGAUGAGCCACUGAGUCGAGAUGAGGCUCCUCUAUGCACCAUAACCCACUGGCAGGACUCUCUGGCCAAGCGUUGCAUCUGUGUGUCAAAUAUUGUUCGCAGCUUAUCUUUUGUGCCUGGCAAUGAUGCUGAAAUGUCAAAACAUCCAGGCUUGGUGCUGAUCUUGGGAAAGUUGAUCCUUCUCCAUCAUGAGCACCCAGAAAGAAAACGUGCACCACAGACAUAUGAAAAAGAAGAAGAGGCGGACAAAGGGGUGGCCUGCAACAAGGAUGAGUGGUGGUGGGACUGCCUUGAAGUCUUGAGGGAUAAUACAUUGGUCACAUUAGCCAACAUUUCUGGGCAGCUAGACUUAUCUGCUUACACAGAAAGCAUCUGUUUGCCAAUUUUGGAUGGCUUACUGCACUGGAUGGUGUGCCCUUCAGCAGAGGCACAAGAUCCUUUUCCAACAGUGGGGCCCAAUUCAGUCCUCUCACCUCAGAGACUUGUACUGGAAACCCUGUGCAAACUCAGUAUCCAAGACAAUAAUGUGGACCUUAUCUUGGCUACUCCCCCAUUCAGUCGUCAGGAGAAACUCUAUGCUACUUUAAUUAGGUACGUUGGGGACCGCAAAAAUCCAGUCUACCGAGAAAUGUCCAUGGCACUCUUAUCGAACCUUGCACAAGGGGACACUUUAGCGGCAAGGGCAAUAGCUGUGCAGAAGGGAAGCAUUGGAAACUUGAUAAGCUUCCUUGAAGAUGGGGUCACUAUGGCCCAGUAUCAGCAGAGCCAGCAUAACCUCAUGCACAUGCAGCCUCCACCUCUAGAGCCACCUAGUGUAGACAUGAUGUGCAGGGCAGCGAAGGCUUUGCUGGCCAUGGCUCGGGUGGAUGAGAACCGUUCAGAGUUCCUUUUGCACGAGGGCCGUUUGCUGGAUAUCUCAAUAUCUGCUGUCCUGAACUCUCUGGUCGCAUCUGUAAUCUGUGAUGUACUUUUUCAGAUUGGGCAGUUAUGACAUAAGUGAGAAGCCAAGCAUGUGUGAGUGGAGAUUGAGGGUCACAUAUAACUGGCUGUUUUCUGUACUUGUUUAUCCAGUGUAGGAAGAAGGAAAAAGUAUCUUUGCUCCUCUGCCCCAUUCACUAUUUAUCAAUUGGGAAUUUAUACAAAAAUAUUAAUUUGAACAUUUAUGGAAUUAAUAUUUCCUGUCUAUGUGUAUAAGUACAUCUUUUUAUUUUUUUUAACGAAAGUCUCUGUCUAGUACAUUCAAAAGUCACAUUUCUUUUUUCAUAAAUAUCCUUUUUCAGUGUCUUCUCCUCAUAUUUGUAUCACAUACUUUGAGAGGGGAAACAAACCAGAUAUUUGGGGUUACUGCAAAAUAUUCUUUGAUUGUGGGGGGAGACUCAGAGCUCUGAAACGCAAAAGUGAAAAAAAUACUAAGUACUGUGUGUUUUAUUUUUCAAGAAUGAAAGAAAACCCAGCCACCCUUUAUGCCGUUGCCCAAAGCGCUCUGUGCAAUAGAAGAAUAUUAGUGAUGUAGGUGUAGCGGAUCAAAGGAAGGGUUCGGUCCAUAGUCUGCAUAUGAAAUUACCUUGGUUUCUCCACAGGAGAAUGGUUACAUUAGGCUAGAAGCAAAACAAAUUCUUUAGGGAAGUUAAAACAAAAACCUGAAGAUGAUCAAUGUGAAUUGCUUCCUCACCAGAACUGUCACAUCAGUAUCUAUUGUUUGACCUUCCACAAUGACAGUUCUUCACAAUUCCUUUUAAUCAUUUUUUAAUAUUUUUUAUUGCCUGAAGGCAGUGAUGUAUAUAGAAGUUGUACAUUGAACAUACCCUCAUCUUUUUAAAAAAAAUAAAUACAAGGAUUUCCUUUUUUCAUGAUGUGGUAAAUACAAAGUGAUUGUAGACUUAAUUUUAUUAUUAUUAUUAUUAUUAUUAUUAUUAUUAUUAUUAUUAUUAUUAUUAUUAUUAUUUUGGGCCAUGUCUCCAAAACCUAACAAAAAAAAAACCCACCACCACGAGGGUAAUGUACAAGUUUCUGUAUGUAUAAAGUCAUGCUCUAUUUCGGAAGAGCAAUUGCUCACAACUUGCUUUAUAAAUCAAGAUGUGGAAAAUGGUUACGUAUGGAUUGAUUUAAGAAAAUGGUUACCAGUCUACAGGAAAAAAUACAUAUACAGGAAAAAAGGAAGAAACACAACUUCAAAGAUUUUUCAGUGAGAAGAAUCUGCAUUUGUAUUUCAAAAUAAUGUAGUUUAAAAAAGACAAAAAAACUUGAUGUAAAUUCCUCCUUUUCCUCUGGCUUAAUGAAUAUCAUUUAUUCAGUAUAAAAUCUUUAUAUGUUCCACAUGUUAAGAAUAAAUGUACAUUAAAUCUU